GUCGCUAGCCGUGGCGGCCGUCGGUCCUCGGUCGCCCCCACACCGCGAGCUAGACCUAGGCGAGGCUUGUCGGCGGCGGGUAGCGGCGGCCGGGCGAGUAGGCGACGAGCGCCGCACAGCGUGCGGUGAAGUUCCAGAGGAUCCAUCACUCCACCGCUGUGCCGGCGUGGCUCCGACAGCGGAGGCCGUAAUGAUGCAAUCGGAUGCAACGAUUUCGGGCUCUGGGUUUUUCGAGUUCAAAAUUGACUAUUCAGAGACAAAGAACAUGGCCGUUGGGGACUUGGUCUGCUCCGAUGAUAUCUCCGCCGGGGGACACCUCUGGAAGAUUAACUGCUACCCUCGUGGGGACAAGGAAGAUGAAAAGGGCGAGUACGUCUCCUUGUACCUCGAGCUUAUUAGCGAUUCGAAAGGCGUCAGGACCAUCUUCCAUGCUUUUUGCCUGGGGAGAGAAGAUGGAGCAUCUGACUCUAAUUUCUCACUUUAUAAGAGGUUUGUCAAGGUUUACUCGUGUGAAUGUCCCGAAUACCCUGAAGGCCCUGUAACCUGGGGAUGGCGUCAGUUUGUGAAGCGAAGCGUUCUUGAGUCAGUCUGUGUGGCAAAUGGUCGGGUCACGUUUCUAUGUAACAUCAUAGUUCUCGGUGCCGACACCAUUCCAGUGCCACCCUCCAACAUAGGUUCUGAUCUUGGUUGUCUGUUUGACUCCAAUGUUGGGACAGAUGUUUCAUUCAUUCUUAAAGGCGAGACGGUCCAAGCUCACCGUGCUAUUCUUGCUGCCCGCUCGCCAGUCUUUCGAGCUGAGCUCUUUGGCUCCAUGGACGAAGCCACAGCAUCAUCCAUCACACUGCAGGAUAUGGAACCAGCAAUAUUUAAAGCUAUGCUUGCUUACAUGUACACGGAUGAGAUGCCUGAAGAUGAUGAGCUUGGAGGCUCUCCCACUGAAAUGGUGCGCCAUCUACUUGCUGCGGCUGACCGCUAUGCAUUGGACCGACUGAAGCUGAUGUGUGCUCAGAAGCUGUGGGGCAUUAUCUCAGUGGAUACAUUUGCUUCUACUCUAGUUUGUGCCGAGACGCACAGCUGUGCAGAGUUGAAGAGCAAGUGCAUUGACUUCUUUGCCGCGGAGAAGAAUUUCAAGAGGAUAGUGUUCACAGCUGAUUUCAUGUGGUUGGUGCAGGAAUUUCCUGAUCUUGCUGCUAAGCUGAAACAGAGGGUUGAGAUUUAAUAUAUAACAUGCUGAAACCUCCAUGUAUAUAGUCUACGUGUUCAACCAUGGAUUCAAUGUGCCAUUUUGGACGAUGGUGACUGUCUUGUAGAUUUCUGAGCAUAUUAGGAAUUAUGAUAUGUAGUUUUUGUUGACGAACUGAAUGCCUGAUCUUGGCACUAUAUUUCUUGCAUUGUUGAAUGAAGAAUCUGCCAAGGAAUACUGAUAUGGUAGGCAAGGUGGAUGGUACUGGCACAUAACUCAGAUGCAAUGCCAAGGAGGUUAUGCUAAACUAGUAGACUAGUUUGUCUUUUGGGUUUUAUUUUUGUAAAAAUAAGCUUAAUCCCCCAAGCAUGUUGUGAAUAUAAUAUUCCUAUCGUAUCGCAAUUUGGUA